AUGUCUGCAACAGUGAGGAAACGGAAGGUGUUGACAUUCGAAGAAAAGUUAGACAUUGUUCAGAGACUGGAAAACAAUGAAAGGGCAAGUGACAUCGCUAUUCAUUAUGACAUUGGCAAAUCUACCGUUCACGAAAUAAUGCGAAAUAGAAAGCAGCUGUUCGAUUUCUGCUCGACUGCACUCGCAAAUGAAGGCAUGACGAAGCGAAGACGGGUUAUGAGAAGACCCACUCACGAAAUACUUGAAAGAUGCAUGCAUAUCUGGUAUAUUCAAGAAAGAAUAAAGGGAAGCUUCAUUACAGGACCAGUGAUUACACGUAAAGCAACCUACUUUGAUCAGAGGUUAAAUGGAGAGAACACAAAGUUCAAAGCAUCUUCAGGGUGGCUGUUUCGUUUCAAACAACGCUGUGGCAUUGAACACUUGCAUGCUGAACUUGACCUUAAUGCUGUCAUGCAAAAGGACAUUUCUUCAUUCCAAGAAAAACUGAAAGCUCAUAUUCGUGAAAAAGAGUUAGCUGAGCAUCAGAUCUAUUAUGCCUGUGAAGUAAGACUGUCAUGGAAGUCACUACCAGUCAGAAUAGCUCAAAUGAUGAAGUCAGACGUGUUAUCAGCCAAAGAAAGACUAACGUUUUUAUUGUGUGUGAAUGGAACAGGAUCCCACAAACUCCCACUCCUAGUCAUAGCCAACCCAGGAAAUGAUGCUGGACCGCAGGAUAAUGCUGACCUUCCAUCUCGACUUGUCACAACAGAUGAUGCCAGUUUGGAUCCAGUCAUUUUGAAAAACUGGUUCACGAAUGGUUUCAUUCCAGCAGUGAAAGUUGAAGCAGAGAAGACGUGUUAUUCACAAAAUGCAGUACUAAUUCUUGAGAGUUCUCCAGCUCACCCCUUUGCCACAGAUGAACUGACAACAGAAGAUGGUUCAGUCCGUGCAAUCUUUCUGCCACCUAACUGCACCAACAAAAAACUUUCCCUCUGCUCAGGUAUCCCAGAAAUUUUCAAAAAGGAAUAUAGACUCUCACAAGUAAAGAAAGCCUUUGAUGGUUCAACUGGUACAACAUCAACAAAAGCAUCCCUUUUCAAGCAGUAUUUAGAAGGUUUCAAUCUGGAAACAGCCCUUCAGCUCUCAGUGGAUGCUUGGAGCGAUGCAAAGAAAGGCGAUAUUGCACACUUAUGGGCUGAAUUUUUUAGGAAUUUGUCCAUUAAGAAAACUGAGAUUCCAGACACAGACUUUAAACAGCAACCAUCAGUAUCAGAAAGAAUCCAUGAAAUUCUGUCCCAUCAUGAAUUCUUUAAAGAAGUCACAUUGCAGGAUAUAGAGGAAUGGGUUGAGAAAGUGGACUCCUUUCUUUUGUUUCCCUUACUAUCAGAUGUAGAGAUCAUUGAGAAAGUAAAGAAGGAAAUAGCAAUAUUCAACAGUGAAAACAAGCCCAACGAAAAAAGAAAGCGGAAACCUUCCUUCCCAAGUGAUGCAGAUGCAGUAGUGCAUUUUGAGAAGUGUAUUCGCUGGCUGAAGAACCAGCCAGAGUGUAAUCCAGAGGACAUGAAGAUGCUUCGGAGGUUGAAACUGAAUGCGAAAGACAAAACUAAAGUUGCAGACAGUGAGCACCAGACAUCAGAAUUAGCUCCAACCAAUGAGCAAAUGAUUAGUACUCUGAUAGUUCGGACAAUCACUCAGAUCCAAUCCUCUGAAGUGGACGAAGACACUGGAUUGGACACUCUGGUAGAUGAGUCAUUAAGCGUGAUUCAGUCUGUGGAUGUUCAACGGAACACAGAAUCACUCCUGAAAUCAUCAGUUGACUCUGAGGUUCAUACUGUUCAGCAAAGGAAUCAGUCUGUGAUGAACACGCUUGAAGGAUCAUCAUUAGGCAGUGCCCAGCCCUCUGAAACACUGUUAUCGCCUAAAACUGAGCCUAUGGAUUGUGUGGAUCAAAAUGUUGGAACCGAACACACCGACAGUCGACUCAAAGAGCUGGACAAGGAUACAGUUGUUGGAAAUUGA